UGCGUGACGAAGGUGCUCCCAGGUUACUGUCUAUGGUACUAGCUCCAGUAAUGACACAUUAUCAGCAAACCGAGAUUCGAUAUCAACCCCUCAAUCAGAGCCCCGCUUUGCAUCUAUCACAAACUAUAAGUUGACGAGAAAGUUGUUCAGGACAAUGAGAUCAAGCAAUAGAGUUGCAAUCCAGAACAAUAAUCUUAUCUCCUUCUCUUCUGUUACGACUAUCUCUUCUCUCUCACGAUCUAUUCUACAUCAUGUCUGAUUUCACCGGACUUUCGUUGAAGGGCAAGACGGCCAUCGUCACCGGCGCUUCAAGGGGCCUCGGUGCUGGCAUCGCCAUCCUCUUUGCCAAGCGCGGAGCCAAUGUAGUGGUCAACUACGUCUCCGAAGGCAGCAAGCAGCGCGCCCAGGAAAUCGUGGACAAGAUCACCCAGAUCGGCACCAAGGCCAUCUUGUGCCAGGCCGAUGUGAGCAAGCUCGAUCAAAUUCCCAGGCUCGUUGAUGCUGCCCUGCAGAUCAGCGAGACGGGCAAGAUUGAAAUCCUCAUUCACAAUGCCGCACAAGGUCUCGAGGCCAACUUGGUAGACACCACACCCGAGUUCUACACCACGCACUUUGACUGCAAUGUUCGUGGCCCGAUCUUCCUCACUCAGGCUGUCGUCCCCCACCUGCCCCGCGGAGGUCGCAUUGUCUUCAUCUCCUCGGCUGGUGCUCGCUUGGGUGUCGCGGGUCAAACGGUGUAUGCUGCUACGAAGGCGGCGGACGAGGCGCUGGUGCGGGUGUGGGCAAAGGAGUUGGGCCACUCGCACGGCAUCACGGUCAAUUGUGUGAACCCGGGGCCGAUUGCAACUGACCAAUGGUUCCAGAGUGAUGAGCAGUUCCUGAAGGAUAUGGAGCCGCUGAUCGAGUCGACCCCUGCGGCGCCCAGGGUGGGUGAGGUCGAUGAUAUCGCUCCUUUGGUCGCCUUCCUCUGCAGUGAUGAUGCGAGAUGGACUACUGGCGCUUGCUUGUCGGCCAAUGGUGGUCUUUACAACUAG